AUGGACGUCGUCGCCGACUUGGCGACCGGUCCCUUUAGGGAGGUCGUAGAAAAGGGCAACCUCGCACUCGAGAACGCAGGCGAUAACAAGGAAAUGCGCUCCGAGAGUCAGAAGCUGGUCAAGGGCGCCGAGCGCAUUCUCAAAAUCAUUGAGCCGCUUUGCGAGCGACACUUGGUGGAGUACGGCGUGGCCUUUACGGAUGCACUCAAGGAUGACAAUGAGAUCGCCGAGUACAGAUCACAGCUGACCGACAUGUUGUGGGAUUUUGACGAUGCCGUCGAGGAGGACGCGUUUGAAAAGGAAAAAUAUGUCGAGCUGCGAGAGCUGUGCAAAAAGACCGGGCUACGGACCGGGGAGAUAUUGAAGAGGAUGAAACUCGAGGCGGCGCCGCGACAGCAGCCCAUCGCUCCGGUUGUCGCGGCGUCACCGCCUGCCGCGACUGAAACUCAGGAUCGAGAUCAAAGAGCUCAAGGCGCCCCCAAGAGAGAGCUCCAGGAAGAAAUCCAAACUCUUAAGCCGGGUCUCACAGUAGAGGAGGUUCGGGAACCGUCGCCUCCGUCAACGGACCCGUGGGAUCUCAAAGUGAGCCCAGCAAUCGAAAUGGGCUUGGAGGCAUCGCUGGGCGACCAUAUCGAGCGUCGGCCGCCCGUUUCCACCAUGAGUUCCCCGGUAUCUGAGCCGGUAAGCCCAGAAGAUACAAGAAGGCUGUCUUAUAGUUCCAGUCGACAGCUCAGCAUGCCAACCGGAAGGAUGCUACCUGAAGAGGAACAGUAUCAUCAAACGAGCCCUCUGGAUAUCUCACAAUCCCCAACCUUGCCAAGGGAUAGGAACUCUCUAGGCGCGCGAGCCCGGACCUCGUCGGCUACCCUUGCUGUGGUGACCGAAGACCAGCCGGUGAAGCCGGACUCUGCACCGUUGCCGCACCGCUAUUCCCAGGCAAGCUCGGUCUACUCUCAAUCGUCCAGACAACGCUCCCAGGAGUCCUUUCACAGCUCCGUCUUCGAUGGUAGGAGGAAUGAUGGCUCCAACAGCCUUGCGAUGACUGAGCAUCGCAUCUCCUCGUCUUCUGGGCAUGGUGGGCAGCUGAGCUCCAUACCUCCUCGCGGGCCUGUUAUGCCGCCAAACUUCCUGUCAGGUAUUUAUGACGGCAUUGAAAGAGUGCCAUUGCUUAUGAACGACGGCGAAGGACUUAUUCCUGUCGAAUCUGAGUCGAGCAAUGCGGCAAAGCCCCUGGCUAUGGUUUCGAGCCGACCGAAGGACUGUAGCAUUGGUCUGAGCAGCUCGUUUUACUUGUACAAGGGGUUUUGCGAGGGUGCGAAAGAAGUGACUCUGGGAGGCCUUGGCAUCAAGAAGAUCAAGAAGCCUGGUUUCUCCGGCGCCCACGAGGUAGCCAAGUGUACCAGCUGCUCGUACGAGCUCGGCUUCAGGCAGGUCCAGCUAGACGUCGACAGAACAGAGCAAGCGAACUUUCUCUCGUGCAGGAUAGCCUACCGCCCGCGGUUCCUCCAGAAGUCCCACGUCGCUACAAAACGCGCCGAUGAACUCCUCUACGGCUGCGUCUUCUGUGUCCACGCCCAGCGGACUCUUGAAGAGUGCGAUGCGACCGUCUUUUUCAGCCAGAAGAAGCUCUUUGAGCACCUGGCACGGCAUCCCCGUCCCUUACCGCAGGUGCCCGGGAUCACGGUCAUCGAAGAGGCUGAAAUACCGCCUGACCUGCGCAACAAUUACGACCUACACUUCCGAGCGCCGCCAAAGGAGAGCUCGCUGGCGGCCAAGCAGACGGAGAUCGCGCUGCGGCCAACCGCGACGGCGACGCAGACGGUGAAGCGCAUGUACGGCAUGCGGCUGCUCUACGACAACACGCCGGCGUUCGAGCUGGCUAACGGAGCGAGAGUUUCGGGGAUCGUGUUCCCGGAGAAGUACAACGGCGAGUGGGUCAUGGGAUGGCACGAGGAGAACUUUGGGUCGGCGCCGUUGGACGUGCUGAAGCUGGAGCCGCCGCCUAAGGGGGAGAUCCGGAUGAACACAACGAGAAACAUCUCGGCGGUGGCGAGGUGGAAGUUUGCGCCGAAGACGAAGGACGGCGGGGACUGGCUGCGGUUCGACCAGGGGGAUAUGAUCACCAACAUCAGCUGGGCCUGGCAGGACCACUGGUGCUGGUCCGGUACCAACGCCAAGGGGGUCUGGGGCAUCUUCCCGCAGACCCAUAUCGACAGCAACACGAUCCACGAGACGUCGGACCGCUCGAGCGUGUCGAGCAGCGAGCGGCGAAGGCGGGCCGAGGGCUUCUUUGGGAGAUUCGCGAGCAAUCGCAAGGCGUCGUCGCAGAGGACGUCGAGCGUGUCAGAGGUCGUCGUGUCAUCCGGCCCGAGACCGACGGUAUUCUAG